GGAUAAUUCACCUGAAAGCAAUCUUGUAAACCACUCCCUCCGAGUCAUUGUAGGCUAUAUCACCUGACCCUGUGUCAACAGCAGUCAACAACACAGACGCCAUCGUUCCUGUUGUGCUAAAGCAAGGCGAAUCAAAGGCAAUCCGUGAUGGACUCUAGGUCUCGCAGACUUCCAUUUUGUCUGUCCGGCUCGAGGUCGUCCUACACAUCAAGUCCAACACUUUCCUCCUCAUCACUGGGCUCCAGUAGACUGUACAGUAGGGAGACGGUGCUAAAUAAUGACCGCUUCCCGAGGGCAUCGUCUGCUUACAAAGCAGACCUGGACCAACAGAGUUCUCGUCUCCUGCGGCCGUCCAGAGACUACAGCAGCUCUGACAGUCUCUCCACCAGCUGGAAGUUGCCGUCUUCACUGACGUCCUCCAGCAGAUCUUAUGACCGCCCGUGGGCUGAAUCCCCUCUCAGCAGCAGGAGCAAACUGACUGAUUCUGAUGGGAAGUUGGGGAUGCGUUCAGUUCUGUUAAACGCCAGUGAUGAUGGUGAUUCUAAAAGAGCCAAACUGUCAUACAGCAACAGAGGACUGUACUCAAGAACAGCCAGCACCUCAGUCGCUGGAUCCACCUAUUCCAGUAAUGGGCUCAGCAGUGGCAGAGUUACAGGUGAAAAACAAAAUGACCCGCUGGAUUCAUCGUGGAGGUCAUGCCACUUACUCUCACGGCCAUCAUCUUCUUCCUCAAAGCCGCUGUUGUCCAGGAGAGAGCUAGAGACAAAGAACGAGCCCAGUCUAUCAGGUUUGGAAGAAAGAAGGAGGCCUCCUGGAUUGACUUCCUCAUUGUAUCAGACAGACCGGGUGACCUCCACAUAUGCACAAGGAGCUCGGCCUAAAGAGACUGCCUACUCUCCAUCCUCCACUGCUAGAGAAGGCUCCCUAAAUCGCCACCUCUCAUCUUCCACAUCUCACCGGCCUUCUCCUCUGGUGCGUGACUUCAGCAGCAGAACCCCAGCCCGUUUCUUGAACAGCUCAUCCACCCUUCGCUCAUCUCAGGAACAAACGGGAAACCUUAAAUCCUCCUCGGAUAUCUCUUCCUCUUACUCCACCCACACCCCCUGGUACACCACUCCCCUUGCCAGACCAGAGGCCUCGCUCCCUCCAAGGCCAGCCCCUGAGGGUGCAGAGCCAGAGGGCCGUCGCUCCACUCGAUGCCUGUUGUCCCGUCUCUUUUCACGGCGCUCCAGCCAAGACUCUUCUAGUGGAUCUUCCAGUGUUCGCUCCCUUGAUGAUGACAGUCCAUCAACUGGCGGAGAGUCUGUGGACAGUGACGAGGGAGCCAGGAUGCCUAGUGUGGAGCCUGAAGCUGGAGGACCAGAGGUAUCUUUAGGUAGCCUCAGGAAUCGCAGAGCAGACCUCGCCCCUAUCCAGGAAAACAACAGCAACGAUGGCUAUCGCAGUGGCCUGGCUCGGUCCAGAAUGGGAUUGUGGAGAGAGCCUGGCGUUGGCAGUAGUAAUGGCACCAGCAGUGGAGGAGGCACCGGCUCCUCCUGGCUUUCCUCCUCCCUCCGUGGCCGCUGCCCUCCUCUCCUCUCUCGCCUCAGGAGACAUGCAAGGAACGGGAGUGCACACUCAACUGCAGGCUUGGAAGAAGGCUACAGCCAUCCGCAGCAUUUACUGAGAAGGUGGGAUAACCUUGAGCAUAAAGCAUCACAAGAUGAUGACGACGAGGAGGAAGAAGAAGAAGAAGAGGAAGAAGGAGCAGUUGGUUUAGAGGUCUUUGGCACAGGCCUUCCCUGCAGACGCGAGGAUGAAACAUUGCCUGAACUCGAAGAUGCCUCAGUUGCAUUCUCACCACGCCGCAGAGUCGGCAUAUAUGAGAACAUUGCAGUUUCUGUGGGUCCAGUGAGCGGUGUUGAGAGCCAACUGGAUGUCCAGAAGGAGAAGCCAGUUUCCAGUAGGGAUCAAGAGAAGCUGCGCAAGAUCAAGGAGAGACUGCUGCUUGAGGACUCUGAUGAGGAAGGCGACCUGUGCAGAAUCUGCCAGAUGGGGGAGGAAUCUGCAUCCAACCCUCUGAUUCAGCCUUGCCGCUGUACAGGAAGCCUGCAAUACGUCCACCAGGACUGCAUCAAGAGGUGGCUCCGCUCUAAAAUUGGCUCAGGCACAAACCUUGAGGCCAUCACAACAUGUGAACUGUGCAAGGAGAAACUGCGUUUGAACAUAGACAACUUUGACAUUCAAGAGUUAUACAGGACACACGUGCAAUCAGAAUAUGAUGAGUUUAUCAGCAGUGGUCUCUAUCUGGUGGUGCUGCUGCAUUUCUGCGAGCAGAGGUUCUCUGAUGUUCUGGGAGCAGUCGAUGCAGCUGGGUUCCCCAUGGGGAAAGUGAUGAGGAGAUCAGAGACAACAGGCCAUCUAUUGAGUUUUCUGACCUGGAUGACGAUCUUGAAGAGGAGUACUAAUUACGUGAUACUGUUGGAAUGCGGUUUAGAAAAGUGGGUCAGAGGAUCUAAAGUCACAGGGCUACUCCAUGUCAUAUGGUAGCGUACCCAGUUUUCCCACAUGCUUUGACAUUGUCUUGAUUUAAAAUGCAAUUUGGUUUCUGUUUCUAUGAGUGCACUUUAAUCAAAAUAAAAAUGCAAGGUUUUUUUUUUUUUUGGUUAUACCACAAGUGCUUUAAUGUUUAAAGGAAAAGCAGACAUUUAAAUGACAAAGAAGGAAGACAUUGAGAAGUGUCAGGUUUGUACUUUGGCUGUGAUGGUAAGAUGGAUGCUUUUGGGAAAGAAUAUAAAAAGUGGUGGUUAUUCCUUUUUUGUCUUUUCCUCAGACUUUUCUCCCACUGAGAAUGUUUAAAAAAAAAAAAAAAAAAAAAA